CUCCGACAAUCUGUGAACGCCGAGAUCCGGCGCGAAGGCCGAGGAAGAAUCGGACUCUUGUCGCUGUUCUCUUUAUCCAAGUGCCUGAAGGAGCAGACUAUGGUUUGCUAAAAGGAAUGAUGAAGUUUGCAGGAUAUUCCCUGGCAGUUUCAUCUACUCCUAUAGGUUCUAAUAUCAUUAAAAACCGUUGCAGAUUGUCAGUAGGUACAUCUCGUUGGAAAUUCCACAGUUCAAGGUUCUUUUCUGCUAAUACACAGAACGAAAAGUCACAUGGUAAAUCCAUGAUGGUUGCCAAAUACUACCUUCCUCCUUGGUUUAGUGUUGCCCCAAUGAUGGACUGGACAGACCAUCACUAUAGGACUCUUGCACGCCUCAUAUCAAAACGUGCUUGGUUGUACACGGAAAUGCUUGCAGCUGAAACAAUUGUUUAUCAGAACGGCAACCUGGACAGAUUCUUGGCAUAUUCUCCAGAUCAACAUCCUAUUGUGCUUCAAAUUGGAGGGAGUAAUUUGGAAAAUUUGGCAAGAGCAACCGAACUUGCAAAUUCUUACAACUAUGAUGAGAUCAAUUUUAAUUGUGGAUGCCCUAGUCCAAGAGUAGCUGGGCAUGGGUGCUUUGGUGUGCGUCUUAUGCUUGAUCCAAAGUUUGUUGCUGAGGCCAUGUCAGUCAUUGCUGCCAACACAAAUGUGCCUGUCAGUGUCAAAUGUCGAAUAGGUGUUGAUGAUCAUGAUUCUUACAAUGAGCUGUGUGAUUUCAUAUACAAGGUUUCUUCCAUGUCACCCACUAAGCAUUUCAUAAUACACUCAAGGAAGGCACUGCUCAAUGGCAUUAGCCCUGCUGAAAAUCGGAGUAUUCCCCCCUUGAAAUAUGAAUAUUUUUAUGGUCUACUACGCGACUUUCCGGACUUAACAUUUACCAUAAAUGGUGGCAUUACUAGUGUUCAUGAGGUCAAUGAAGCUCGAAGAGCUGGAGCUCAUGGUGUUAUGGUUGGACGUGCAGCAUACAAUAACCCUUGGCAAAUUUUGGGACACGUUGAUACUGCUAUUUAUGGUGAACCAAGCAGUGGUCUUACACGUCGUCAGGUCCUUGAGAAAUAUCAAGUGUAUGGGGACUCAGUGUUGGGAAUGUAUGGACGUAAGCCAAAUGUGCGAGAUAUAAUGAAGCCCUUGCUUAAUUUUUUCCACUCAGAGCCAGGUAAUGGACUUUGGAAGCGCAAAGCAGAUGCUGCAUUCCAAGAUUGCACAACAAUCAAAUCAUUUUUAGAAGAGACCCUUGUAGCAAUUCCUGACUCAGUCUUGGAUUCACCUAUUGGGGAGCUACGACCUGGUGGCACAGAUCUUUUUGCCGACAUAGAAAGUAUACUGCCUCCUCCAUACACAAGAACAAGAGAAGAUGAUGUUAUAUAUGCUUGAGUUUUGCAUGUAUUCUUUAAAUCGAGGUCUUUUAGUUAUAUUGUUAUUAUUCCCUUGUAUUAUUUGGUCUCAUGUAUUCUUCAAAUUCAUUUUUGGGAGGGAAAGUGGUGGGUCUAGUGUAAUUCAGUACGUUAAAAUAUUAAUGCUUAAAUUAGCUGCUUCUUGCAAACGAUUGGCUUUUGAAAUUAAUUUAUUCAUUGUAGAGACAUUAAGCAAAAGAUGGAA